CUUUAAGAGUUUGUCGGUAGUUUGAGGAAAUAGGAAGUCAGUCUACAUUUACCACAAAGACGAAAAACUAAAGGCAUUUGUACGUGAUGGCAGGAAUAAAAGCUCUUGUUUCGUUAUCCUUUAGUGGUGCACUUGGACUGACAUUUCUCCUUUUGGGAUGUGCACUGGAACAGUUUGGACAGUAUUGGCCCAUGUUUGUUCUGAUAUUCUACAUCUUAUCACCUAUACCAAAUCUAAUAGCCAGGCGGCAUGCGGAUGACACUGAGUCAAGCAAUGCAUGCCGGGAACUUGCAUACUUUUUAACCACAGGUAUCGUGGUGUCAGCUUAUGGUCUCCCUGUUGUGCUGGCUCGAAAAGCUGUGGUAAGUAGGAGUUUAUGUCCCUCUUUAAAUAAAUUUUGGUUACUGUAAACUACUUGCAUGGCU